AUGGGAGACGGCAAUAAAUCAGCGGAACAAAAGGUUUUACAAUUUAAAGAAGCCUUCGCUUUAUACGAUAGAGACGCCGAUGGAAAAAUAUUGGUCACGGAAUUAGGAACAGUCAUGCGAUGCAUGGGUCAGGCGCCGACCGAAGCUGAUUUGAAAACUUACAUAGAAGAGUAUGAUACGAAAAAAACAGGAUUAAUUGAAUUCGGAGAUUUCCUUAAAAUAGUACAAACUCAUUCAACCAAUAGAUCUUUUAAUGAAGCAGAAAUUCGGGAAGCUUUCCGAAUAUUCGAUAAAGAUGGCAACGGUUUUAUAGGAGCUGCAGAGUUGAGACACAUAAUGAGCAACCUGGGAGAAAAAUUAACUGAAGAGGAGGUUGAUGAUUUGUUAAAAAUGGCAGAUUCUAAUCAAGAUGGUCAAGUUAAAUAUGAAGAUUUCGUGACCUUGAUUAUGUCUAAAUAG